GGGGGAUGGAGGCGCGGCGGCCGGCGGCGGCGGCGGCGGCCCCAAAGCCCUGGCGGCCGGGGGAGGAGCGGGCGAGGGCGCGGAGAACGCGGGCGCCCUGGCCGAGCGCAAAGCCGGCCCGGCGCUGCCUGCCCUGGGCGCGGACGCUGGACAGCUCCGCAAGGCGAAGACUUCCCGGAGGAACGCCUGGGGCAACCUGUCCUACGCGGAUCUGAUCACCAAAGCGAUCGAGAGCUCCCCGGAGAAGCGCCUCACCCUCUCGCAGAUCUACGACUGGAUGGUCCGAUACGUGCCCUACUUUAAGGAUAAGGGAGACAGCAACAGCUCGGCCGGGUGGAAGAACUCGAUACGGCACAACCUGUCCUUGCACACCAGGUUCAUCCGUGUGCAGAACGAGGGCACUGGCAAGAGCUCCUGGUGGAUGCUGAACCCUGAGGGAGGCAAGACUGGUAAGACGCCUCGCCGGCGGGCAGUGUCCAUGGACAACAACAGCAAGUUCCUGAGGAUCAAAGGGAAAGCCAGCAAGAAGAAGCAACUCCAGGCCACGCAGGAGCGUGGGGAAGACAGCCCAUCCUCCCAGCAGGCCAAGUGGUCUGAGAGUCCUGCAUCCCAUGCCAGUGAUGAGUACGAUGCCUGGGCCGACUUCCGGACGCGGGCCAAUUCCUCGGCCAGCACAAUGAGUGGGCGCCUCUCACCGAUUAUGGCCAACCAUGAGCCAGAUGACCUGGAGGAUGAUGAUGGGACACCAUCCUCCCCACUGAUGUACCCCAGUCCAUCCAGCACCAUGUCUCCCUCCCUGAAUACCAGGUGCUCUGUGGAGCUGCCCCGGCUGACUGACUUAACUGGCACCAUUAACCUGAAUGAGGGGCUCGGGGAGAGCCUCUUGGAUGACCUGCAGGACAACUACAGCAUGAGCCCUUCCCAGCAGCUCCCCUCAGGAGCCCUCAGACAGAGAAGCUCCAGCUUCACCUUCAAUUCCAAGUGCUCAACCAUGGGGGCUGCCACCAACACAUACUGUGGGACUAUCUAUAGCCAGCCAGCCAUGAACUUGAUGCGGCGUCUGCCCAUGCAGACCAUCCAGGAGAACAAGCAAGCCACCUUCUCACCCGUCAGCUCAUACAGUAAUGCCUCACUGCAGGACCUGCUGUCCUCUAUCUCCUACACGCACAAAGAGAGCAUGGCCCAGGGUGACCUGCCCAUGUCUCAGGCCAGCACCAUGGUGCAGUCCCGCAGCCACAGACAGAACACCCUUAUGUGUGGAGGUGGGGAUCAGGGCUUAGCCUCUUACCCUGCCCAUUCUGCCUCCCUAAUGAAGAACAACACUUUGUAUCACCCGUCACCAGCCAGUCACCAUCCUGCUGUCAACAACAGUGCCUUACCUAAUCCUGUCAGCCUUAUGAGCUUGCCUAGUGACACAUGCAGCAUGGCAGCCAUGCCCCAUCAUGGGCAUCUCCAUUCCUACGCUAAUAACCAAGGGGCACAUGUGAGCUUGCUGGAUUCCCUACAAGGCCCCUACCAAGGGGCCAUUCACCCCCCGGUUUUGGGCCAAGACAGGUUCCCAGCAGACCUUGACCUGGACAUGUUCAAUGGCAGCUUGGAGUGUGAUGUGGAGUCCAUUAUCCUUAAUGACUUUAUGGACAGUGAUGAGAUGGACUUUAACUUUGACUCGGCUCUUCCACCACAGAAUGGUCUCAACAUGCCCUCAUUGCCCAGCGCCCCUCAACCCACCAAUCAGAGCUGGGUGCCAGGGUGAUGCCCACCCAGACUUUCUCCAUCAAGCAGUCACAAGGGGAACAUUGAAACAAACUUUUUUUUCUUUUCUCUUCUGCCUUUAUUUGUUAAGACAGGCUAGAGCCAUCCGUUUAAACUUGAGAUCAACACUAAACACAAACCAUAGGUAAAACAUCAAUACAGGCAUAGGACACAGCCCCAUCCAUUUCCAGGUACAGUACUGCUGGGUGCUCCAGACAAGCCACCUCCAGAAUUUGCUGGAGAGAUGCAACUCCCACACCAGCUUCUAGACCUCACGCUGUAAAAAUAAGAGAGAGCAGACAGGCAUGGGUGCAAAGGGCAGCCUUAUUCAAUCCAGACUGGUUAGGCAGGUUCCCUAGCUCACUGUGCCAUUUGUGAAGUUCCUUAGCAAGUCAGGCUGGGUGUCUGGGCCCAAAGGGAUUUCCAUUUGUUGGGAUAACCUUUCCAAAUUGCCCACAGUGGUGGCUCACCCCUUGCUGUAUGCUGCCACUUGAUUUGAUUUCCCCUACUCUUUACAUCUGCUAGCCUUGUGCUGGGUGGGGGAGCCUGCUGUAGAUGUAGUGUCCUGUAGCAGGGUACCUUAAUCGGGUCCACCCCCCCACCCCCUAUAGAAGGGCUUGUUUUAAUCUGAGCAUCUUCAGACACUUAAGUAUCAAUUGCAAGUAAAAUGAUCUCCUCUACUCAAGGGAGGCUCACCACAUUAGCAAGACCCCUUGCCGUGUGUCAACUAAAUCAGCUGCAGUCUGCAGCCCCUUCCACCCACCAAGUCCAUACAAAAAUUAUGGAUUUCCUUGUACUGCUUAAAACAUGUUUGGUUACCUGAUGGCAAGCUGGUGAGCAAGCGAAAGCCUGUGAACUGUGUAGAUCUAGCAGCUGGUACAACAUGUUGGCAGCACCCACGUACAUGGGGCCUGCUCCAAAGUUGGCUUCUUGCUUCUGAUCUCAGCCAACUUUGUGGAUGGCCACAGUUUCAGCCUUGGUGCCUGCAAGAAAAACACCAAUAACUGGCAAGUUGCCUGUAUACUGCACACGUGUGCACAUGCAAAGCAGGUGCUUAUCCAUGGCUGCACACUCAAAUGCCUGUUCUUUGGGCCCACUGUACUGUGCCAGGAGCUGGCCCUGUGUUGGGUGCUCUGCUAGCCUGGCCCCUCUACUCCAGACUGGCUGGGAGGAGGUCAAAGAUAGGGGCUUAUUUAUCUGAUUUCAUGCACUCUCUUGCCAUGGAAUAAUAAUAUGGUUCGAAAAGCAGCUAGAGGAGAGCUCUGCUGAGAACUGCCUUCUGCUCUCAGACCGGUGACAGGGUAAAUGAAUGGACACAGACAUUGUGGGUUCAUAUCAGGAGUCUGCUCCAGCCACAGUGUUGAGAUCUGGAGGUGGGACUAGCUCAGGGGGUCUUGGCUCUGGAAGCAUUUCAGAACUUGGGUCUGGAUUGCAAUGUGAAAUGGCUCCAGAAUUGGGGCAGCUCCGCUCCAGGGUCUCUGGCUUCUCUAUGUCCCCUUGGAGGGGGCUUAGGGUUCUAAUGUUCCUACUGCCAUCCUGCACUUUAGUAUUGUGCCCCUGGGUUUCCACGUUAGUUUAAACUACGUUCCCAUUCCUGCCCCAUGGGUUACUGUGCUGGGUCUGGGCAGGUUGCCAUAAAGCUUGAACCUGGGGACUGCCAGCCUAUGGCAGUGAGUGAGAGAGAGAGGCAGGUGCUCGCCAAUC